GAAAACGCAGGAAGAUCUGUGGUGAUAACCUAACCCACAUCACUCGAACAGAGACCCGCCCUUAUCAGUUCCUCCAUAGCUCUCUCUCCCUGUCAAGUUCAGGUCUUAAAAAGAUAAGAAAAGGGUGAAAAAAAAAAAACCUCUUAAUUUUUUAUCUGAAACUUAGCAAACAGCAAGCGAGAAGAAGAAGAAAAGGCAUGAAUAAUAGCUUAGCAACGACGAGCUUAACAGCUCGAAUGUCCCCAACAAUACCACACCCCCACCAUUUUCGCCGAACCCCAAGUCGUAUCUUCUUCCUACGACCCUCUCUUUCUCGCAGCACUACUCCAAGAAUCGUUUGCAUGGCGGAGCCAUAUUUGAUAACCAAGCUGGAAUCUGCUGAGAAGACUUGGAAAGAAUUGUCCGUGAAGCUGGGUGACCCAGAUGUUGUUUCAAAUCCCAGUGAAUAUCAAAAGCUGGCUCAGUCUGUGGCUGAGCUUGACGAGGUGGUUUCAAUUUUUAAGAGAUUCAAGGAUUGUGAAAAGAUGCUAGAAGAUACUAAAGCUUUAGCGAAAGAGGAUGGAAAUGAUGAAGACAUGGCAGAGAUGAUAGCAUAUGAAAUUGAGUCAUUAUCCAGUGAACUCAAACAGCUUGAAGAGAAACUUACGGUAUUACUGCUUCCCAGCGAUCCUCUUGAUGCAAGGAAUAUAUUACUUGAAGUUAGGGCAGGUACUGGUGGUGACGAGGCUGGACUAUGGGCUGGUGAUCUUGUCCGUAUGUAUCAGAAAUACAGUGAGCAGAACUCUUGGAAGGUCUCUGUCAUUUCAAGUUCUGAGGCUGAGAAAGGCGGAUACAAAACCUAUGUGAUGGAGGUCAAAGGAAAAAGUGUCUACAGUAAAUUGAAAUACGAGUCUGGUGUCCAUCGAGUUCAACGUGUUCCUCAAACAGAAGCACAGGGGCGUGUGCACACUUCUACUGCAACUGUAGCCAUCAUGCCUGAGGUUGAUGAAGUUGAGGUGGUGAUUGAUCCAAAAGAAUAUGAACUCACAACAGCAAGAUCUGGAGGUGCUGGAGGGCAAAAUGUCAACAAGGUGGAGACAGCUGUUGAUCUUAUUCACAAACCAACGGGAAUCCGCAUCUUUUGUACUGAAGAAAGGACACAACUUCAGAAUAGGAAUCGCGCUCUCCAACUUCUGCGAGCAAAACUGUAUGAGAUAAAGGUCAGGGAACAACAAGAAUCAAUAAGAAAUCAGCGAAAAAUGCAGGUUGGUACAGGUGCUCGUGCAGAAAAGAUUCGAACAUACAACUACAAGGAUAAUAGGGUCACUGACCACCGGUUGAAGGUGAACUUUGAGCUUACAUCUUUUCUUGCUGGCGAUAUAGAGAAUGCAGUUCAGGCUUGUUCUGCUCUAGAGCAGAAGGAGCUCCUGGAAGAACUUGCAGAGUCUGUAGGUGCAUCAGCUGGCGGCUGAUUUGCAGCUUUUUGCCGGAAUAUGAUUGUGAAACUUGAUUUGUCAAGUAGUGGAAACCCUUGAAAAGAAAUGCUGUUGAGCAUGUGGAGGAUCAACAUUCUAAACAUGGUUGUUUUUUAUUUACGUACGGAGCAAAUUUAUUUGUAUCCAGGAUGUGAACUUCGGCCUAGUUUACAGGUUACGUAGACCAUUAUUUGAUUUGUAAAAAAUGUAUUCCUCCUAUUUUUUCCAUUUAGCUAAAGGUGAUUGUAGGAAAUUACGUUGUCCGUCAA